GUCAUUUAAUCGAUGCUCCUCCCACUAUGCUACCAGAUACACCUUUGUUCAGGUGGUGGACAAAAGUAUAAAUAGGACUAAGCCAAAAGGAAAGUACUAUUAUAACUUAUAACGCACUUGUUCUCAAUUGUGGACAUACCGAGUUUAGUACUGAUGUACAGGUAUGACUGUCAUAUAUUGUUAUCUUUACCUCAACCUUUAACACACGACUCUGACGGAUUUCAGUUUCCUUUUAAAGCUCAUUGUCUAUUGAAGCAAUUCACGUGAGAAAAACCGAUCUACUUUUUUAAUGCGGGGUACAUAUUUAAAUCGCUGAUAUCCGAAUUAAUAGUUUACAAGAUGUAUUCAGUGAAACCAACGUCCAUUAACAACAAAGACAGACUCUUUAGAAGAAACAAAAAGGACUUGCAUUUGAAAUUUAUAGUAAUCGGAGAUUCUAGAGUUGGUAAGACGACGCUUGUGGAGAAAUACUGUGGUUAUGAUCGAGACAAAAACCAGAACAGCCAACUGUAUUACCAACAUACAUUGACCACAGCAGAAUGGAGCUGCAAUCUCAAAAUAGUGGAUACAGCGGGGCAGGAGAGGUACAGAAGCGUUACUUCUUCCUACUACAGAGGAUCACAGGGCUGUCUAAUUGUAUUUGAUACCUCGGAGGAGACAUCUUUCGUCAAUAUUGAACACUGGUAUAACGACCUGAUGAAUUACUGCAAUAGCACUUCAAUUUCUAUUGUUUUGGUCGGAAUCAAGCGAGACUCUCGCGAAAGAGUUGUGAGCACAGAACGUGCACAGUCGUUCGCAGACCACUUAAACUUGCCUUACUUUGAAGUGAACUUGGACAACAAUAGUGAAAUCUCGGACGUGUUCGACAAUUUGAUCAAAACUGUCGCGCAGACACUUCUGUCGCGUGAGAACUCUGUCAGUUCUUCCACCUUGUCGACAACACGCCUUUCAAAAGCUGUUACAAAGGCCGAGUCCAAACUCGGCUGUAGCUGCUGCUAGUUUCAAAAAAAAAAAGCCAUGUUAAGCUUUUAGAUAAUGUGCCAAAUAUGCAUUCUAUUACACUUUUAUCUGUGACUAGAAUCUCGCUGUCUUCAUUAUCAUACCCAUCAUUGUGAUCGCCAUUCCAUUACCAUCACCACAAUAAGUUAUGUUCAUGUAUAUCACAAUUGUGACAUUUUAAUGUAAUUAUGUUUCUAUAAAUACAAAUGUAUAUAAAUAA